GUUGAUGCUCUUUUCACUCACGGAGAUUAUGAUAAAGCGAUAUCUCUCUAUCAAACAAAACUAAAUCAACAUUUCGAUGUCGACAGCUUGAUUAAUUUUAACACACUGAAGAAGAAAAUCGCCUUUCGAUAUAUAGAAGAGCAAAAGUUCGAGAAAGCUGCUGACUUACUCAUUUCUACCGAAGUCAAUCCAGAAGAGGUGUUAUGUUUGUUCACAUGGCCAAGCAGCGUGAAUAUUAUGAGCAACAACGUCGUUUUGCACGAUGGCUAUCAAUUUUUGGAAGAGUACUUGAUGCAAGUUCGGGAAAUGCACUUCGCACUCCAAUCGCGUGCGAUGUGGUUGCUGGCGGGUGAGACAUCGAAGGCUUGGGACUUUUGGAGGCGUCUGUGUUGUGGAGAAUUGGAAGAUGCAACGUUCAAUCUUGAUGAUGUAGUUGAACGUAUUCCAUCCAUAACGGAUAAGAAACUAUUGCAAGAUGUAUUAACGUGGAUUAUUCGUUUGUCUCCUGAACGUUGCAUGGAGAUAAUCGUGAGUAGUACAGUAUUGGAUUGUGCUACUGUCAGGAAGAUGCUUGAUGGUGAUGCUAAACUUCUACGCAUUUAUCUCGAAAGUGUUCCAUUUUCUGAGGAAAUAGCGAAGGAGCUAUGCGAUCUUUACAUCAAAGACAUACAUUCAGGAGAUCUCAACUGUCGCCACCGAUUUCGACGGUUGCUUUUGAAUAUGAGUUUUUCUGAUCGAACUGCCGUAUACGACAGAAUUCCUUCAGGAUGUGGCGUAGAACGAUUGCUAUGUGACAACAGUGUGAGUUUGCUGUUGUAUUCU